AGCACCCAACCGCAAGCUAAAACAAAGAAGCUUCGGGCAGGCACACAGGCACAGUGGGAACAUUGGAUUACCUAGACCAGUGACGGCACCUGUGGUGAAGGCCGGGAGACGACAUAAUAAAUGCAUCGUCUUCCCCUCUCCGUAGCAAAGACAGCAGCUCGUCGACUUGUCACAUCGAGCCCCAUUGCGCCCAAAACAACUGCACUUGUUGCCUCGAGAGCCUCACGUGUCCCUGCGGCAAGCUUCACCCUCACCCAGCCGACCCGUCAACACCUCACCAUGGAUGCCAAGGAACUCUCAAGCUACCUGGCCGACUCGCCCCCAAGCGUCGUGCCCCUGGAGAUCGCCAAGCACUUCGACGCCCUGACCGACAAGCAGAAGAGAUAUGCCCAUUAUAUCAGCAAAGCCUCGUUUGCCGGCCAGCGCAUCACUCUGCGGCAGGUGUCCCCGGAGUCUGAGCCCAUCUUUGACUUCAUCCUCGCCUUGCACAAGAGCUGCAAGGGCGACUGGAAGGCUCUCGGCCAGAAGGCCGGCGUCAGCGAGGAGGAUGUGACUCUUUUCUUGCAGUGGGCCGCUCAAUUCCUUGGGAACAGUGGCAACUACAAGUCAUUCGGCGACAAAAAGUUCAUUCCGAGAUGCAAGGAGAGCGAUGUCGACAAGCUAGCUGCCACGUCGCCUGAGGCCGAGAAGUUCUACAAGGCUACCAAUGGCGGCAUUUUCUCGGCCAGCAGUCCGGGUUUGAUGCAUUUGGGUUACCCGGAUGAUGGCCAUCUUACCACCUACUACCCCGACUCCCCAGACGUCACCAAGGCAGAGGUUGGAGCCGUUGCCGACUUCAUGGAGAAGAAGGGUCUGCUGCCUGAGAACACCAGGCUGAGGAAGACCAAGGACGGAGUCUUCGAGAUCCUGAUCGCAUCAGCUCAAACCAGCAUACCUUCCGAGGGAGGUGACAUCGGAAAGGAAACCGAGUUCAAGGUGAACGACGGGGCGUUGGCUGGGAAAACCAUCAAGCUCGUCUACGGAGAUCACGCCAAGGAGAUGGCUAUCAUUGCCGACAACAUCUCCAAGGCUGCCGAAAAUGCAGACAACGAGACCCAGAAGAAGAUGCACCUCGAAUACGCGAAAUCCUUCGAUUCUGGCUCCUUGCUGGCUUUCAAGGACAGCCAGCGUUACUGGAUCAGGGACAAGGGGCCCGACGUGGAGACCAACAUUGGUUUCAUCGAGACAUAUCGUGACCCCGCAGGCGUGCGAGGCGAGUGGGAGGGCUUCGCAGCCAUGGUCAACAAGGAGCGGACUCGUGCUUUUGGGGAGCUUGUCAGCUCAGCGCCGAAGCUGAUCCCUCUUCUGCCCUGGAGCGCCGAUUUUGAGAAGGACAAGUUCCUUGCCCCCGACUUCACAUCUCUCGAGGUUCUGUCUUUCGCAGGAUCAGGAAUACCGGCCGGUAUAAACAUCCCGAACUACGAUGAUAUCAGGCAGUCGGAGGGUUUCAAGAACGUCUCUCUCGGUAAUGUUCUCGGUGCGAAGGCACCUAACGAGAAGAUCCCUUUUAUUCGAGACGAAGACCUCGAGAUUUACCAGAAGUACCGUGACGCUGCCUUCGAGGUUCAGGUUGGUCUGCACGAGCUGACAGGCCACGGGUGUGGCAAGCUGCUGCAGGAGACCUCCCCCGGAGUCUUCAACUUCGACAAGGAGAACCCGCCAAUCAGCCCCCUCACCAACAAGCCCGUUACAUCCUGGUACAAGCCGGGACAGACCUGGGGGUCCGUCUUCGGUGGCCUGGCUGGAGCCUAUGAGGAGUGCCGAGCUGAGCUCGUCGCCAUGUAUCUCAGCUGCGAGUUCCCCGUGCUCAAGAUCUUUGGAUUUGGCGAUGGCACCGAGAAGAUGGACAGCGAGGCCGGCGACCUGCUGUACGCCUCGUACCUGUCUAUGGCGCGAGCCGGUCUGGCCUCGGUCGAGUUCUGGGACCCCAAGAGCCAGAAGUGGGGACAGCCACAUUGCCAGGCGCGAUUUGCCAUCCUCAAAAGCUUCCUGCAAGCCGGCGAGGACUUCUGCAAGCUGGAGUCCUCGGCCGAUGAUCUUUCGGACUUGAAGAUCCACCUUAACCGAGACUUGAUCCUGACCAAGGGUCGCAAGGCUGUGGGAGACAUGCUGCAGAAGAUCCACAUUUACAAGUCGACCGCCGACGUUGAAACCGGCACCAAAUAUUUCGCCGAAGACAUGUCCGCCGUUGGACUUGAGUACUGGGGCACCAAGGUCCGCCAGGUGGUCGUGGCCAACGCACAGCCGCGCAAGGUCUUUGUCCAGGCCAACACCUACCUGGAUGAGGCGAGCGGCAAGGUGACAUGCAAGGAAUACGAGGCAACGCUGGAGGGGAUGAUCCAGAGUUGGGUAGAACGCGAGGAGAAGCAGCAAUAGGGAAGGCAGAUGACGGGCUCGGUGCUGGGGCGCCGAACCCGCUCCUUACUUUAAACGUGAGCACCCGUGGUGUAUGUAGUUGGCUAGCCUCCUCCGCCCUCGUGACGACCGCCGCGGAUAAAUAACAAGAUCCCACAAACCCACUUAUGUGUACACAGAUCACAUGUCGACUCGGGCCUGCAAAUGCGUGACGUAUGGCAAGCAUCCACCCCCCACACAGCGAGCGGCAAGGACAACGGCUUCCGACGUGCACACGUCUUGGAU